ACGCUAGACCGACGCGGGCCCGGGAACCACGGGGGAUCUCGGGGGGCCGUGCAUGGCGCGCGCAGGGCGACGCGGAGCGGACUGGCGCUGGGCGCUGGCGCUGCUCGGGCUGGCGGCGACUCUGGGCGCGUCCCCGACUUCGGGGCACCGCUGGCCGGUGCCCUACAAACGUUUCGCUUUCCGUCCGAAGCCAGACCCCUACUGUCAAGCUAAGUACACCUUCUGUCCUACCGGCUCAGCCAUCCCACUUAUGAAGGACAAUGACAUCAUUGAAGUCUUAAGACUACAAACCCCUGUUUGGGAAUUUAAAUAUGGAGACCUCCUGGGACACUUUAAAAUUAUGCACGAUGCUAUUGGAUUCAGGAACGCAAUGACGGGCAAGAACUACACCAUGGAGUGGUAUGAGCUUUUUCAGCUUGGCAACUGUACGUUUCCUCACCUUCGGCCUGGAAUGGAUGCUCCGUUCUGGUGUAACCAAGGAGCAGCCUGCUUUUUUGAAGGAAUUGAUGACAGACACUGGAAGGAGAACGGGACAUUAGCUCUAGUCGCGACCAUAUCCGGAAACACAUUUAACAAGCUGGCGGAGUGGGUGAAGCAGGACAAUGACACGGGGAUCUAUUAUGAAACAUGGACGGUCCGGGCCAGCCCCGGAAAAGGGGCUGAGACAUGGUUUGAAUCGUAUGACUGUUCAAAAUUUGUGUUAAGGACAUACGAGAAACUGGCUGAAUUCGGAGCAGAAUUCAAGAAGAUAGAAACAAACUAUACAAGAAUAUUUCUUUACAGCGGAGAACCUGCUUACCUGGGAAACGAAACUUCUAUUUUUGGGCCAAAAGGAAACAAGACUCUUGCUUCUGUCAUAAAAAAAUUUUAUAACCUCUUCAAACCACACUUGUCAACAAGAGAAUUUCUGUUGAAUCUCUUGAAAAUUUUUGAUACAGUGAUUAUGCACAGAGAGUUCUAUCUGUUUUAUAACUUUGAAUAUUGGUUCUUACCAAUGAAAUUCCCCUUCAUCAAAAUAACAUACGAGGAAAUCCCUCUGCCUAGCAGACGCCCACUUCCUGACCUGUGAGGCUUGCAGUCCGUGGCUCUCUCCAGCCACCUACACCCAUUUCAGGGGUGUCUUUACUUUUGUGUCUUCAUUGUCUUCUCCUCAGGGCAGGAAGGUGAAGUGCUCACAGUUGGAGGUGCAGUGUACUGACAGUUCAAGACUCUUGGAAAGAAGUGGAAGCCAUAAUUGUACAGGCCAAAGUGAAUGUGUUAAGAUCUCGAUAUUAUUGGGAAUUGGUUGAUACCAGCUGUGGAGUUCACUGAUCCAAUGCUGACAUUUUUCUGUUACAGCAGUGUUGUUUCUUAGUCCAAGGGCUUUCUGAUCAUCUAAAGAAUAGCUAUUGUUACAGCUAUUGCAACUCUGGGGUCCAGGUCUGUCUGCUUUCUAGUCACAUAACCUCGAAGACCGGUUUGGACCCAUUGCUGGAGCAGUGCCUCUGGACACAGGAAAUACAGUGUGUUGAAGAGCAGAUUUUCUGGCCAGCAUUUGAGAAUGGCUAGCAACUAACUGGCUGUUGUGACAGAAGCAACUUAACAUCUCCAGAUUUGUGUCCUUGCCUCAAAUGAUUUAGCAGCUGGGAAUAGGAAGAUUGCAGACACCCAUGUUGGCAUAGGAAGGGCACACUGAAUGCAUACAUGGUCUCAGAGGACUGUUGGGAUUGAAAGAACACAAGCUGUCAGUUCCUGGGACUCUGAGCUGACAGACAAUAGUGUCUGCUUCAGCAGUUUUCCAGUACAGGCCAUGGAAGUAUCUGGCUGCAGACGUGGCUGGGCAAAAUGUACUUCUGACUUCUUGUGUGAGCCCUCUGGUUCUUCACCCAUUAGCAAGGCUAGCACAGUGAAGAGGGUACGCUUUCUUGGAAAGGAUGGGAUUUUGUCGAGGACCUUUAAUUCAUUAUGCUUGUACUACGGGCAUUAGACAAGCUCUCAAGGUCCCGUGUUUAUCAGUUGAACCCACCUUUUUUCUUUUGUUCUUCUCUCCUACUCAUAAAACCACACUAGCACAAUAAUGGAAAGAGUCUGUAUUAUGCAAAUGUGCCAGUUAUUCAAUUCACCUACUGUCUGAGUGCUUCUUGAGAGCUCAGUACACUAUCGUGAGCUGUCACAGAAAGCCUCAUCAUACAGAUCUGGCCCAGAUGCGUUAAGUCAGGGCUUAGCGAGGUCAAGUGAACCUGGAACUGUGUUUUCUCUCGGGUUAAAUGAAUGGAUGCACGGACACUUUUCAGCAGUGUAUCUGUGCACUAGGGUUACCAGGCUGUCCUUCCUGUUCAGUCUAAUAAAAACAAAAGACAAAAACCAA